AUGGGGGUGCCUGGAUUUGCAUCUGAAGCUAUUGGCCAGGAAGUGGCCGUGUUCAAGGACCAGCGACUAGCCAAGGAUCAAGGAAGAGAGAGGGGGUGGGGCAGCCUCCUCCACGUGCACGCAGAGCCACUCAGGCAGAGAGAGCCUAAGCAGUUGCAAGGUCGGGGUCAGCCUCUGCAGGACCACCGCCCCCUCCCCUCCCUGCCUCCCUCUCAGCCUGCCUUUCUUCCAGAACGUCCCACCCUGCUGCUGCUUUUGCUGUCCUUGCUGCUGCUUCCUCUGGGCCUCCCAGUCCUCUGUGCUCCCCCUCGCCUCAUCUGCGACAGUCGCGUUCUGGAAAGGUACAUCUUGGAGGCCAGAGAGGCCGAGAAUGUCACGAUGGGCUGUGCAGAAGGUCCCAGACUGAGUGAGAACAUUACAGUCCCAGACACCAAAGUCAACUUCAAUGCUUGGAAAAGAAUGGAGGUGCAAGAGCAGGCUGUAGAAGUUUGGCAAGGCCUGGCCCUGCUCUCAGAAGCCAUCCUGCAUGGCCAGGCCCUGCUGGCCAACUCCUCCCAGCCAUCAGGGAUGCUUCAGCUGCACAUAGACAAAGCCAUCAGUGGCCUGCGCAGUCUCACUUCCCUGCUCCGGGUGCUGGGAGCCCAGAAGGAGUCGAUAUCCCCUCCAGAUGCCACCCCACCUGCUCCACUCCGAACCCUCAUGGUGGAGAAUUUCUGCAAACUCUUCCGAGUCUACUCCAACUUCCUCCGGGGCAAAUUGAAGUUGUACACGGGGGAAGCCUGCAGGAGAGGGGACAGGUGACCUGCUGCUGCUGCCGUGAUGUGUCCGCCAACUCGCUCACCAUCACUGCCUGUGUCACGCCAACUUCCCACCACUCCCCACCCUCCUCAAAGGGGUUGUGACCUCCUCACCAGCUUGUCCUCGGGACACUCCAGCAUCAGCAGUGACAUCUUGGAAAACCAGAACUUUUCAGAGCUCCAUUCUGAAGUCUGCAGAUGUCACCGGGCCAACCUGAGGCCCCAGAACAGGAGCGAUUCAGACAGCCAUCUUGGAUUUAUCCGUUUUGUUUUUGGUGAGACAGGAGGGUCUCACAUAGACCAGGCUGGCCUGGAACUUGCUGUGUAGCUAAGGAUGACUUUGGACUCCCGAUCUUCCUGCUUCCGUUUCCCAAGUGCUGGGAUUGUACGCGUGCACCCCCCCCCCAUUUAUGGGGUGCUGGAGAUGGAAGCCGGAGCUUCAUACAUGCUAGGCAAGCACUCUACCAAUCGGACUAUAUCCUCGGCACCCAGA